UCGUGAGUUAAAGAGUAUCAACCUUAUCAUAAGCCUCUUCCCUCCUAAUCAAUGCUAUAUAUUAAUGCAUACAGUUAGAUCAUUUCCCAACUUUUUGCUGCACUUAUUAGCUCAUUAUCUUGAUUUUGCUUCUGAUCGCCAUGGCAGGUAAUCUACCAACAGCAACUGAAGGACGCCCCUUGAAAUGUAAAGCUGCGAUUUGCCGCAAGCCUGGCUCUCCACUGACUAUUGAGGAGAUCCUUGUAGCACCUCCAUUGCCUCGUGAAGCAAGGAUUCGUGUUAUAUGCACUUCUCUCUGUCAUACCGAUGUUACAUUUUGGAAUAUGCAGGAUCCUUCUCCAAGAAUCUUGGGUCAUGAGGCUGUUGGGGUUGUGGAAAGUGUUGGAGAGGGUGUAACUGAACUUACAAAAGGAGAUUUGGUUGUCCCAAUUUUCUUAGCUGAUUGUGGGGAGUGUUUAGAUUGCAAAUCAAGCAGGAGCAAUCUUUGUUCAAAUUUUCCUUUUGAAUUCUCUCCUUGGAUGCCUAGAGAUGGCACAUCAAGAUUCAAGGAUUCAAAAGGAGAGAUCAUACAGCAUUUCAUGUUUGUUUCUAGUUUUAGUGAGUACACUGUGAUUGACACUGCCCAUCUAACCAAGGUUGAUCUACCAAUACCACCCAAGCUGGCAUGCCUACUUGGCUGUGGAAUAUCAACUGGAGUAGGUGCUGCUUGGAAAUCUGCAGGGGUGGAGCCAGGCUCUACAGUAGCCAUUUUUGGGCUGGGAAGUAUUGGAUUAGCUGUUGCUGAGGGAGCUAGAAUUUGUGGAGCAACUAAGAUUAUAGGUGUGGAUAUCAACCCAGAGAAAUAUGAAGUUGGAAAAAAGUUUGGAGUCACUGACUUUGUCCAUUCUGGAGAAAGUAAAGACAAAACUGUGAGCCAGAUAAUCAUUGAGAUGACUGAUGGGGGAGCAGACUAUUGCUUCGAAUGUGUUGGCAAGGCAUCACUGAUGGAAGAUGCAUACGCUUCUAGUAGAAGGGCUUGGGGAAAAACGGUAGUUGUAGGAUUGGACAAGCCAGGAUCCAAGUUGAGCCUUGACUGUGGUGAAGUACUGCUCAGUGAGAAGACACUCAGGGGAUGCUUAUUUGGAGGACUCAAACCUAAGACUGAUGUACCUACUCUCAUGAAACGCUACCUGGAUAAGGAACUGAAUCUGGAUGAGUUUGUCACACAUGAGGUGCAGUUUCAGGAUAUCAACAAAGCUUUUGAUUUGUUGAUUGAAGGAAAGAGUCUCCGAUGUGUGAUCUGGAUGGACAAGUGAAGUUAGACACUGCUUUUAUUGUCUUGGGAUGAAAACAAGUUCAGUGUAAAAGCAGUUGAUUGAUUCAUCAAUGCUUCCAACUACUCUUGGUAACAAAUAAUCAUGCAAUAAAUAUUAUCUAAAUUCCAUUCCAAAAUCAAAAUACACCUUCUGCAUCAAAUGUGUGUGUUCGCUAGAAGGUCAAAUCAAAUAUUACAUCAGUAAAGUUUGUAAAACUUAUGUUACUUAAUUCAAAUUUGUAUCUUUCUUUGAAUCUUGAUAUGUGCCUAUUUUUUCUUU